AUUUUUUCUGAAGACGUUGAGCGAGUAACAUCAUUUCGGCACCUUCAACAUCACCAACAGUAGAAACAAUAUCCAGCGGGAGUGAGUGAGACGGAAAAGCUCGGUGAGAUCACCGUGAGGUGUGGUACAACUGAUCCAAACGGACGACGGAGCUGCAGAGCGGGGGAAAGAAAGUAGCCGAACAACAAAAAUCACUUCCAUCAUACAAAGUUUUCAUUAAGAGUCAAAGAAGUGGAAAAAGUUCAGUCAGUCGCGCAGAGUGAUCGGACGAAGAAAGUCGUGUUUUUGUCUUCAGGAAAGAAACGUGCGUGUAGAACAUUUAGUUCAUCGGUAGAUUAAGUAAAAAAAUUAAAAAUGAAAGUCACAUUUUUGCUGGAGCUUUUAUUGAUCCUCAUUAUAAUCGCCUUCGCUGCCUCAGCCCCAGUAGAAGAGGGACGAAAUGCCCGGAAGGGUGCCUUAGUUCACCGACAGGCCGCCGAUGAUGUGGCGGAUGUUGCAACAGUAGAGGUGGCUCCAGUUCCAGUUGUCCCAGUUUCUGGCGGCGAUGAUGAUGACGACGACGAUGAUGAUUCGGACGAGUUCGAUCUCGGCGACGAUGAUUCGGCGGAAGACGAUGACGCCGAUGAUGACGACGAUGACGAUGAGGAUGAUCUGAUUGGAUCGGUUGAAGAUGAAAUCGACGAUGAUGAUGAUGACGAUGACGAUGAUGAAGACGAAGUAGCCCCUGCCGCCGUUGCCCCAGUUGCCUCAGCCGGCCUUGAUCAGCAGAAACAGUCGGCUGUUCAGCCCGCUCAACCGGUUGCUGCCGUGGAUGAAGAUGAUGACGACGAAGAAGAUGAUGACGAUGAGGAUGACGAUGAUGAUGCAUUGUCUUUUUUCGGUGAAGAUCUUCUAGGCGCCUUCGAUGACGACGACGAUGACGAUGAUGAUGAUGACGACGAUGAUGAUGAUGAAGUCGCUGUCGCCCCAGUUGCCCCAUCGGACGCCCCUGGACCAGUUGCCCCAUCCAAGAAGAAGAAGAAGAAGCCAGUCCCAGUCAAGGAACCAGUUACCGGAAACACCCAGGCUCUUUUGGACCUCGCUGAUGCCGCCUCUGCCCAGAAUGAAAUCGACGCUCCACCAAAGCAGAAGCCAGAGGGAAUCGAUGUGAACAACGAAGUGAACAAAAUCGUGGAGUCGCUUGCUGCUCAGAAGGCUGACCAGAACGCUCAACCAGCAACGGAAGCAGCUACUGAAGAGGAAGACGAAGCAGAAUACGACGAGGGCUCCCCAGAAAAGGUACAAUCAUUAUCCUCUGAUAAUAACAAAGUUGACGUUGUUGCCGCUCCUGCAGCUGUGACUGCGACGAAACCGACUAGUGACGAUGACGACAUCUUUGAAGGUAUAACAUCCCUAGUGGACGAUGACGACGAUGACGAUGAUAGCGAUGAAGCGACAGCACAGAAAGUUGAUCAAUCUGCCGCGAACAGUGACACUGAGACGCAACCUGAGGACGCCGAAGACGAUGACGACGAUGAUGACGAUGAGGACAGCGAUGAACUGAUCGACGAAAGCGCGGUAGAAGAAAUCGCCGAAUCUGAUGUGUGAUCAGACACUGCGAAAGGACAAACAACUCAAUAUCAUUUUCAGAAUUCCCAUCUCAAGCUACAGUCAAGAACUAUCCAAGAAAAGAGUACCAAACUCAUCUGUUUUCUGAAUCUUUUUGACCGUUAUCAUUUCCAAUCGUGCUAAGCGGUGAUGAUCAUUGCUAAUACUAGCAGAAGAGCUUAUACCGAAUCUGAUGAUCGAUAUUGAGUUGUUGAAUUUUCCAGCAAGAUGGUAGGCAUCGAAACCCUAGGGAUAAACAGAAAGCAAAAAACUAGCGAGAGCACAUGAGAGAAACAAGACUCUUAUAUCGAGGGCUCGCGAACAGACAAACAAGAGCGCGCGAAGUCAUAUUCCCACCCACUAAACAGCUCCAAAUCUUCGAUUUACGAAGAUUUUAUAAUUAUUUGUAAAAUCAGUAUAUUUCUCAAUGAACGGUAAAGCAAAAGCCAUCAACAAACGAGUAAGACCAGUGUAAAAGACAAGUACGUGACAUCAGGACUAAUGUCUCAGCGGACGUUUAGUGUUAGGGUAAUUUAUUUAAAUGUAUUUAUUUAUUUAUUUAUUUAUUUAAUUUAUUGAAAAUGUAAAAAGACGUUUGACUUACUACAUUGAGAAAUAAAUACACCCAAAAUGUCCCGACUUUAACGAAAUUGCGAAAAGAAGCGAUGAAUAAAACAGA